GUGUGUGUUGCGGUGGUGGCUGUGCUUCGGCAUGGGCAGCCUCUUAAUGGGGCAGGCGGAGGGCCCCAGCCCAGUGGAGCCGUCGGAGCAGAGUCGGCCGUACGCGGUGCUGCGUGGGCAGAACCUGGUGUUGAUGGGAACCAUUUUCAGCAUCCUGCUGGUGACCAUGAUCCUUAUGGCAUUUUGUGUCUACAAGCCCAUUCGGCGUCGAUGAUGGCUGAGCAGCAAGUUCUUCCACAAGCAUUUGGGAACAGAAUCAGUUGUGUUGCACACGGGUCACUGGGGAAGUUGGAAGUUGAACUUCCCUGCUUGGAAAUGACCUUUGGUCUGGACAGUUGGUAAAUGCUAAAUGAUUUAGGAAAAAAACAUGUAGCAGUUAUUUUUCCCUAACACUGUAAUGCAAAUAAUUGGCUGCUGAGUCUGCUUCUCAGUGUUUCUUUUUACAUGUGGCUAUAAUUGUUAAAAGUAAGACCUAAAGCUCAGUGUAAAGAUGGAGUGCUCACGAGAAAGAAAACACGGCAAACUUGUGCCAUAAAAACCACAUUGGAAAGGACUAAUCAAUAAUAUUUGAAAAUAUCAAGAGGAAGGCAUAACAUGUAGACAGACGUUCCCUACUUCAGAACCGUUUGGUGACAAUGGGUUAAGAAUCACAAAUGUUUUUAAUUAUACCGAGUUGGCCUCAAGUACUCUGGUUGCAAAGCAGUCAGUGUCAACUGGGGGAACUUCAGCCAUCGCUUUUCAUGUAGCAUUGAGCUCUGCACUCGGAUGCCCCCACUGAAGUCAGGGCCAUAUCAGGUAGGCCUGUGAUCCCGUGUGCCCUUGGGCUGGAAGGCUCUGGGGUUGGACUGGAAAUGUUUCAAGUUGGCCCAUCUGAGAAAGGACUUUCUGCCCAAACAUACGAUCUCUCUUGUACUGCGCUUAAAUCUUUCCAGCCCUUGGCCUAAAACUUAUGGCAGCUUUUCAGAUUUGGAAUCAAAAGAGACUCAGCAGGAACUCUUUCUUGCGGCCCUGGGUGGGGAGGUCUCAUCCGACAGAAGUGCCUGUUCGCUGUACCAGGCAGAGUGGCGGGUGGGUAUGUGUUUACACAAACUUAAUUUCAACUUUGAAAAUGCUGCUAUUUGUUUGCACUGUUGGUGAACUGGAUUUUUCCCCCCUAUUGAAAUGAUACUUUCAUACUUAAAAAGUGGUUAUCAGUAUUUAUUUUAUUUUAAAGGUGCUAGGUUUAAUUUUGUUAUUAAAUCAAAAUGCUUAUCUUGUGCUCCAUUCAAGCACUGCACUGAUUUUUUUUUUAACAACCCGCACUUAAUGUGAAAUAAUUGAUAUGUAAUCUUGUAACUCUUUGACUUAAGGAUUUUGUUUGUAACCCUAACAUUGAGCCAUUCAAAUGUGAACUAUUCUGUGCUUUUCAGCAAAUGUCAAUUAAAGUAAAAUCCUAAAUUCUGUUUUACUCCUAAUUAUGUUCCAAGUAUUUAAAAUGCAAGUGUGUGUUUGAAGCUAAUUUAAUCUCUUAAGGAAGCACUGUGAGGUGGAAUUUUAAAUUCAUAUGUGAAAUAACACUGUUUCCCCAAGGCAA